GGGGGGCGGGUAGUGAAAUAUACAAAAGUGUGCUUUUAUGAAGAAGACUGUUCUGACUAAAAUGUGAUUGUGGGGAAGUCUUUCAUUAAACUUCAUGGUUAAAUAUUUAGCAGCUGAGAACCGUAGUACCAUACAGCUGUAGUGCUUCUGAAAGAUAAAAAUCAGUUAUGUGUUUAAAAACUUUUGUACCCGGGAGAAUGGCUUGACUGGUUUCCUCCUUUCUUGCUUGUAGCAUUUGAAAUCUUUUAUUUCAGCAUAACAAUAAUUAUUUGAAGGAGUUUUUGUAUUUGCGACUAAUUUAGAACUUGUAGAUUUGAGCUGCCUGAAUUGGCCAGACAGCUGUAAUCGCACUCCUCUAUUCUUAAUCUCUUUAUCUGGGCAGCAGCUGCCAUAUGGCCACAGUCAGCUGGAUCAGAUGUUUAUAAGCUUCCUUCUUCGUCCCUCUCUGUCCUUUCAGCCUCCUAAUUUGAUCACAGCUACCUUGUGAGCUGCCCUCCAAUCUUUAUUUUUAGCCCUCUUAAGGAUUAGGAUUGAUGUUGGCUGUGGGGCACUUAAAGUGAUUGUAUUGUAAAUCUUCGUGCUUUACUCUAGCAAUGGUAUUUUACAGAGUAUAGUAGGGGUUGUGUUGUAAGUUUUAGCACAUCUUGGUUUGCGAGGGAUGAGGAUUUUUCAAUAAUAUCUGCCAGCCUAGAGAGCCACGAUCUGCUUAGAUGGUUUGGGAGAACGUUGCUAUCAAUCACAGAAGAAUAGAUUAAGACAGGCUUUUAAGAGAUUUUACUUUCUAUUUGAGUUUUGACUUCUCUUCUUCUUUGAAGUUUAUUUUCUCUUUAUCAUCAAGGAAGGUGGAUAGAAAAAUACUUGGGUUAUGAAGACAGUAUGGAGUUUCCUGACCACAGUAGACAUUUGCUACAGUGUCUGAGUGAGCAGAGACAUCAGGGUUUUCUUUGUGAUUGCACUGUUCUGGUAGGAGAUGCCCAGUUCCGAGCGCACAGAGCUGUACUGGCUUCAUGCAGCAUGUAUUUCCACCUCUUUUACAAGGACCAGCUGGACAAAAGGGACAUUGUUCAUCUGAACAGCGACAUUGUUACAGCCCCAGCUUUCGCUCUCCUGCUUGAAUUCAUGUACGAAGGAAAGCUCCAGUUCAAAGACUUGCCCAUUGAAGACGUGCUAGCAGCUGCCAGUUAUCUCCACAUGUAUGACAUUGUCAAAGUCUGCAAAAAGAAGCUGAAAGAGAAAGCAACCACGGAGGCAGACAGUACAAAAAAGGAGGAAGACGCCUCAAGUUGUUCAGACAAAGUGGAGAGCCUCUCCGACGGCAGCAGCCACAUGCCAGGAGACUUGCCCAGCGAUGAAGACGACGGAGAAGAUGAAAAAUUGAACAUCCUGCCUAGCAAAAGGGACUUGGCGGCUGAGCCUGGGAACAUGUGGAUGAGAUUGCCCUCAGACUCAGCAGGCAUUCCCCAGGCUGGCGGAGAGGCAGAGACGCACACAGCAGCAGCUGGAAAAACAGUAGCCAGCCCCUGCAGCUCAACAGAGUCUUUGUCCCAGAGGUCUGUCACCUCCGUGAGGGAUUCAGCAGAUGUUGACUGCGUGCUGGACCUGUCUGUCAAGUCCAGCCUUUCAGGAGUUGAAAAUUUGAACAGUUCUUAUUUCUCUUCGCAGGACAUGCUUAGAAGCAGCCUGGUUCAGGUGAAGGUGGAGAAAGAGGCUUCCUGUGAUGAGAGUGAUGUUGGCACUAAUGACUAUGAUAUGGAACAUAGCACUGUGAAGGAGAGUGUGAGCACUAAUAACAGGGUACAGUACGAGCCAGCCCACCUGGCUCCGAUGAGGGAAGAUUCGGUCUUGAGGGAGCUAGACAGAGAGGACAAGGCAAGCGAUGAUGAAAUGAUAACUCCAGAGAACGAGAGAGUCCAGGUGGAAGGAAACAUGGACAGCAGCCUGCUCCCUUACGUGUCAAACAUUCUGAGCCCCGCUGGCCAAAUUUUCAUGUGUCCUCUCUGCAACAAGGUCUUUCCUAGCCCCCACAUCCUGCAGAUCCAUUUAAGCACGCACUUUCGAGAGCAGGACGGGAUCCGCAGCAAGCCUGCUACCGAUGUCAAUGUCCCGACCUGCUCCUUGUGUGGUAAGACUUUUUCUUGCAUGUACACCUUGAAACGUCACGAGAGGACUCAUUCAGGUGAAAAGCCCUACACUUGCACCCAGUGUGGGAAGAGCUUCCAGUACUCCCACAACCUGAGCCGCCACGCAGUGGUUCACACGCGGGAGAAGCCUCACGCUUGUAAGUGGUGUGAGCGCAGGUUCACGCAGUCCGGAGACCUUUACAGACACAUUCGGAAGUUUCACUGUGAGUUGGUGAACUCAUUGUCUGUCAAAAGCGAAGCACUGAGCUUACCUGCUGUCAGAGACUGGACCUUAGAAGAUAGCUCACAAGAACUUUGGAAAUAAAAUUUUUAUAUAUAUAAAUAAUAUAUAUAUAAAUCUAUAUAGUUGUGGUACAGUCUAAAAGCAAUCUUGUUUCCUUGAACUGAAAGUUUGGCUAUUAGCUUGUUUUUGCACUUUAAGGCAGCAUGAAUAUUUCACUAAUUUAGCACUCCGAUAAAAAUGAACUGUAGAGGUAAUCCGACAAAGUAACAAAUUGCAGAGCGUAUUUUUCCCCUUUUUCGGAAUAGAAGCCAGCGGAUACUUUACUUCUAAGGAAUCUCCAAUUCAAAAAAUUUGGACAUGGCUUUAUUCUCCCCAAAACACUGCGUUCUUUUAAGCUCUCAGUCUUUUUCCUCUUAAAAUCUGAAUGUAGAAAUCCUCUCCCAAUUUUGCCAGUUCCUUUACAUUUCUAUAAUUGCAUGAGUCCUUUCUAGCUGUUGGAAACCUGAAUGCUUUUAGACCCAAAUGGAAAAUUUCUGAAAUGCUGGAUUAUCUAUUUUUAAACAAGCGGUUGACUUAAAACUUACUAUGGCAACUUCUGGAUUUCUGACAGUUCCCACUGGAGAAAAAAAAAAGCAAAAAAGAACACAAAAAGGAAAAAAAAAAAGACACAACAGAAAAAACAUAAAACAAAAACCCUGAGAGUACACUGGGAUCACUGGGACUCUGUCUUAUGUGAAGGUUUGCUUGGGAUGAAAAAGGAUAUUGCAGCUUCAGCAGUGAUGAACUGUGUGUUUAAAAAAUGUGAAUUACUGUUAUUGUAUACUGUAAUUGAUUACAUGGGCCGGGGGGAGGUAUCAAAGAACUUGGCAGGUUGUGUUGAUGCUCUUAGUUGAGUCUUGAAAAGUAAAUAUUAACGCUACAGAAAUGCAUGAGUUUCAGUAUAUUUUUGUCUUUGUUUGCAUUGUAUAACUUUUAACGAGUGAGUUGAAAAUUAUUUAAUUUCCUUAGGAAAAAAAAAAAAAAAAAAGACAACACCGUUGAAAAUGCCGGUGUUCCGAAGAAGAGAAAUGCACUGUUUUUAUUUUAUCUAAUUUAAAUUUACUUUCCCACUGUCUUUGAGUUGAGAAGAACUUAAGCUACGAGUCGCCGAUUUAGCUACGUUAACAAGGAGAAAAAAAAAACACAAAAAAAAUAAUGAAUGUUUACAACCAGGCUUCGAGAUUUGCAUGUGCGGUGUGCAUUCACUGACCCCAGCCCCCUCGGACUGCCCAACCCCGCGCCAGCCCCAGCUGAGGUGCGUCCAUUUCCCCAGAUGAGCAUUGGUAGGAUUCCUGCUGCACCGCUCCGCCACAAUAGGUCGUUCUUUUUUGGUUUUGUUCUUUUUUUUUUUUUUCUUUUUUAUUCCCCACGUUGAAAAGAGGCUGUGGAUUGAAGAAAAAAAAAAAAAAAAAGGCAAAAAAAAAAAGCCCCGGGCUGAAAGGCCUGGGCAGGCCUGAGUGACAGGGGGGCCGGGGGAGGGCAGGGGGAGGACUAUGUGUAUCCAAGCAGCAGAGACUGCAGCCUGACGUGUGGUUUUAAUGACCAACACGCAGGUCAAAAGCAUUUUGCACAGUGUUUGUUUUCCUGUCUUGCACUUACAAAUAAGGUCUAUGGGAGUAGCAUGGAAAACGUUUGCUGUUUUUCCUUUUUUUUUUUCUUUUUUUUUUUUUUCCUCUGCUUUUGUUUAAAAUUUGAUCGCCUUAACUACUGUAAACAUAGCCUAUUUUUGUGCUUAAGAUACUGAAUGGAAAACUCCAUUGUGUAUUGCUGGACUGUUUUGGAAAUAUUUGGUCAAAUGUGUGUUAAUUUGGCUGUAAUGGCAUUUAAAACAAAACAAAAAAAAAGCUGUGAAAAUGGCCUUGGAGCGUUAUCUUUAGUUACUUGAAUAGUUUCUAGGUUUUAAAACUACAUUCUUUUCCUAAGUUAGAGAAGACAAUCAGUGUCUGAGGAAAAUGGACUUUCUCUUGGAUUUUUUUUGUGGUCCUUGUGAGUGAUUGCUUUUUUCCUUUCCUUAGUUUCACAUUCUUCUUUUGUUCUAAAACUUAGACUGACAUCUAGCUUUGACAAUCAUAGUAUGUUUUAUUUUCCUGAGGGGGGGAAUAACUUAUAAUGCUGUUUAGUUUUGUACUAUUGGUGUGUUGGUGAAUUUUUAAACUGUGUGCUAACUGCAAUAAAUUAUAUGAACUGAGAAAUCAA